CGGACUCUCUAUAAAUCCUCAUUCAUUCCACUCUCACCAGACUCUCAACUCAACCCCUCUCUCUCUCUACAUAUCUAUUUCACUCUCUCUCUAUAUUCCACAUCUAUAUAUCUAUAUCACUGGAAGCUCCUCACAGAUUUGCCAUUCCUCAGGUGAUUUAUUGUGAGUGGUUAUGCGCUACGACAAAAUGGAAGUUACAGGGGGCUAAAUUUGUCUAGUUCUAUGGCCUUGGCUGACAUUUGGGCAAUGUGCGGGGGAACAAACAAUUCAAGGAAAGUAGAAAUUGGAAUUACGUUAGGUAGAACAACAAAGAACAACCAAUUGAAGAGCAAAACGACUGGCAUGGGAUUUGAAUCCGAUUGGACAAGACAUAGAAAAUCAUCUGCAUUUACAGCUGAAGUGAUCCGUUCUGCAACAUCUUUCAUGCCUUGGUCUCGUAAAAUCCCUUUAACUGAAGGAUAUCAUGAAUUUGUUUAAUCAAGCAUUUAACGUUCAGUUUUCUUAAUAUUUGCUUUUGAGAGAAUUAUUUGAUCAACUAUGAGAGUUGUGUCAGUCUCUCAGCAUUUGUGUAGCUUUACAAUCUAGAAAAUGACUGAUCUUGCUUGCGGAAAGAAGAGACUUGCAGAAUCAAAUAUGUUUUUCACCAAUUCAGCUCAGCAAGAUGCUGCAACUCGUUCAAAAAGCAGUUCACUUUUAACUGCUCAGGCCACUCAUGAUUUUCACAGCCCCAUCUUACCUGGUCUGCCUGAUGAUGUGGCAAAGGAUUGCCUUGCUCUCGUCCCUCGUUCCGACUUCCCAGCUAUGGGUCGUGUCUGCAGGCCGUGGAGGUCAUUUAUGCAAAGCAAAGAAUUCAUCACUGUUCGGAGACUAGCUGGCUUGCUUGAGGAGUGGCUCUACGUCCUCACUAUGGAUGGUGAAGGAAAGGGUAGCCACUGGGAGGUUUUGGAUUGUCUGGGACAAAAACACCGAGACCUCCCUCCAAUGCCUGGCCCUGUCAAAGCUGGUUUUGGGGUGGUAGUUCUCAAUGGAAAGCUUCUUGUCAUGGGUGGCUAUUCAAUGAAAGAUGGAACUGGGAUUGCCUCGGGAGAUGUUUGCCAAUAUGAUUCUUGCCUCAACAGGUGGAGCAAGUUAGCAGACAUGAAUGUGGCUCGCUAUGAUUUUGCUUGUGCAGAAGUUAAUGGCAUGGUUUAUGCAGUUGGGGGCUAUGGGAUGGAUGGUGAGUCUCUCUCCAGUGCUGAGGUGUACAACUCUGAUGACAACACAUGGACCUUCAUUGAGAGUCUUCGCCGCCCAAGGUGGGGCUGCUUUGCCUGUGGGUUUGAGGGAAAGCUUUAUGUUAUGGGUGGGAGGUCAAGUUUCACAAUUGGAAACUCAAGAUUCGUUGAUGUGUAUAACCCCAAGAGGCACACUUGGGAUGAGAUGAAAAAUGGUUGUGUUAUGGUCACCGCUCAUGCUGUGUUGGGAAAGAAGCUAUUUUGUAUGGAGUGGAAGAAUCAGCGGAAACUAGCUAUUUUCAACCCGGAGGACAAUACGUGGAAAAUGGUACCCAUUCCUGUUACUGGAAGCUCGAGAAUUGGGUUCCGAUUUGGCAUAUUGGGUGAAAAGCUUUUAUUAUUCUCGCUCGAGAACGACCCGGGUUACCACACCCUGUUGUAUGACCCUAAUGCAACCCCGGGUUCAGAGUGGCAGACUUCUCAGAUAAAGCCAUCUGGUUUGUGCUUGUGCAUUGUCACAAUCAAGGCAUAGAUUGUGCCACGGUUUGAAAUAACAAUAUCGGGAUACAUUUUGAUAUUGGGCCAUAUGAUCAUAUAUCAGCCCGGAUAAAGCCAUCUGGUUUGUGCUUGUGCAUUGUCAUAAUCAAGACAUAGAUUGUGCUACGGUUUUAAAUAACAAUAUCGGUAUACAUAUUGAUAUUGGGCCAUAUGAUCACAUACCAGCCCAUAUUGGACGGUAUCAACUGAUAUUUUGAGAAAUAUUAUGGUUUUUCCAUUGCUUUGCUAGGCCCUUGGCUAAAAUGUUGUUGUUAAUGAUAGUUAGAGGUCUGUUUGGCUAAUUUAUCAGUAGGUUUUAGCUCUGUUGUAUUGCAUGGUCUUAAGGUUUUAAUUAAAUUUUGAGUUUCAGUUAGUUUUUUGUUGAUGAUUUCUAGUUAUUUGUCUUGUGCACAAGAACAUGUAUUGUGAUUUAUAAAUUUUCUGUUGUCUUC